AUGGGAAACUGUUACAACAGCUGCAAUGCAGAAAUACCCAAACCCUAUGAACCCCAGUGUGGUUGGAGUUGAUGUAUUGGACAGACACAUAGAUCCCUCUGGAAAGUUGCACAGCCAUAGACUUCUUAGCAGAGAGUGGGGACUGCCUUCCAUUGUGAAAUCUCUUAUUGGUGCAGCAAGAACCAAAACAUAUGUGCAAGAACAUUCUGUAGUGGAUCCCGUAGAGAAGACAAUGGAGCUUAAAUCUACUAAUAUUUCAUUUACAAAUAUGGUUUCAGUAGAUGAGAUACUUAUAUACAAACCACACCCUCAAGACCCAGAAAAAACUGUUUUGACUCAAGAAGCCAUAAUUACCGUGAAAGGAGUCAGUCUCGGCAGUUACCUCGAAGGACUGAUGGCAAGUACGAUAUGGUCAAAUGCUAAUAAAGGCCGAGAAGCAAUGGAGUGGGUCAUACAUAAGUUAAAUGCUGAAAUAGAGGCACUGACGGCUUCGGCAAGAGGGAGCAUAAGGACACUGAUGGCGGCAGCGGCAUUUGUGGAGAAAUGAUAAUGAAAGUUGAUAAACAACACCCAGUUCCGCAGGUCUCUACAAGCUGGCAGUAUAUUUAUUUGUUAUUUAAAAAAUACAACUAUAUUUUAGGUAGAAUUUUUUUUUUUUUAAUAAGCUGAAGAAAGACUGUGACUUGAUCAAAACAAAGAGGUGCAGGGUUUCUAAAUAAAAGGGAUCAGCUAAAACUAGCGUUGUCUGAAAUGACUAUCUGAUCUUGAGGAUUCCCGUAUUUAUAUGAAAAUUUAACAAUUUUUGAAAAGUACUUGGAAAUUGGUAUUGGCUGAUUAAACCUCCUUAAGGUAGAAUUUUAAAGCUUUCCACACACUGGAACUCUACCUGGCUUUGGACCAACCCCAGAACCAAGCAGAGCCAUCUCUUACAUGGGCACAGCUGCCCUGCUGAAAUAAACCUGGAGAACUUGCAUGAGGGAACUCACUUUUAAAGGAGAAAUCGUAGAGUUUUAAAAAGACAUUAAUAAUUUGCUCUGCUAUAAACCGCCAUUAAAAAUCACAGUGUUUUACUUGGUACUAAACAUUUUUGAAGUAAAAAUUAUCACGAAAUAAAUGACUCCAACAAAAACAU